AAUCCUGUGCGCGCAGCUGAGUACCUUAGUCGCUAUAUGGAUAGCCUGUUAAGAAGGUCCACCAAGCAGUACACUGAAGCCGAACUGGAAAAUAAAAUUGCCGCAUCGAUUAACCUGUUCAAGUAUGUCGAGGAGAAGGACAUUUUUAAACAGUAUUAUCAAAGGAAUCUGUGCUAUCGUCUACUUUUCGGUUCAUCCACUCUGCUAGAAUUAGAGGAAUCAACGAUAAAUCAGCUCAACGCAGUCUGUGGCUACGAAUUCACCUCAAAGUUCCAACGUAUGUUCAACGACAUUCAGUUAGCGGAUGGGCUGAAUGCUAACUUUCAAAGUUAUCUUCGGGAGAAGAACCUUGCCUUUCCAUUCGCUCACCACUGUCAUGUUCUCACCCUCAUAUUGACUAUUCGCUAA